GCCGUACGUCAUCAGUGCACGUGAGUCGUGCGCAUGCGCAGAACGGAAUCCCGGAUGUUGACAGUCUUCUUCUGUUGUGAGACAGACAAACAGAAAGCGUCGUGCUUCGUCUGACAGGUUUGGAGGCGACAGAAAACGCUGCGAUGGGCCGGAUCUUCCUGGAUCACGUGGGAGGGACGCGUCUGUUCUCCUGCGCUAACUGUGACACGAUCCUGACCAACCGCUCCGAGCUGAUCUCCACACGCUUCACCGGCGCCACCGGACGAGCCUUCCUCUUCAACAAGGUGGUGAACCUGCAGUACAGCGAGGUGCAGGACCGUGUGAUGCUGACCGGCAGACACAUGGUGCGAGACGUCAGCUGUAAGAACUGCAACAGCAAGCUGGGCUGGAUCUACGAGUUCGCCACCGAGGACAGCCAGCGCUAUAAGGAGGGCCGUGUGAUCCUGGAGCGAGCGCUGGUGCGAGAGAGAGAGGGCUUCGAGGAGCACGUCCCUUCAGACGCGUCCUGAGCCUCAGGCUCCUGCUGAUCACAGACUCACAGCACCAGAGCAGGGCUGCCGCACUCACAUCCAGACACUUCUGUUACUGCAAAUCUGAAGGAAGAUAUACAAAACUGUAACUUAAAUUAGGCAGCGUUUCUCCGCCUCUGACCGUGACUCCCGUAUCUGAGCUUAUGCCAGAAGACAUCAGAAUGCUCCUUGAAGGUUUUGCACAUUUCGCUUCAUAUUUAGUUAAAAAUAUUUCCUUUUCUUCUUCAGUAACGAUUUGAUCUCAAUAAAAGUUAGAUUUAUUUAGUGUUAAUGAAUAAUUUUCAUUUAGUAAAAUACAUGCUUUCAAACUAUAAAUCACACUUGAAUCAUUUACAACAUCCGUUGUUUUUAUUUUUGUGAGAAAUAUGCGUUAAACAAACACAAAACACCAUUCAAAGCUGAAGUUCAGCGUGACGUUUCAUUCUCUCUCCGUCUCAUCACAUACUGAGCUAGAACUGCACUCAUGAUUAAAAGCAACCCUAGUCUUUGACCACAAAAGAAGUCAUUCUAAAAACCAGUUAUUUGAAAUGAAUUCAGGACUAAAUGAGAAAAGUAUGAGAUGUGAUCGCAGUGGGUCAUUUGUAGUGGUUUCUGCAGGUUCAGCUCUCCAUGUGAAACAGUGAAGCAAACACGAGUCUAAUCCACUUCAUUCAACAAUAAAAACACUUCAAGAUGCAGUUUACUCCUGAGUUAAACUAAACACUGUUCUUUUCAGUUCGGUCAGGGAGCAAACAGCUAGGAAAUAUAUGACGACUUGAAAUAAAGUUUUCAUUUUCAACAUGUUUUUUUUUUUUCCACCUUUAUUCAUACAAUUGUUCAAAAUAUUAUUACGUUUUUUUUUAAAUUCGUUGUCAAAUAUGGUUUGUGACUUUGAGAAAUAAAUAUAUUUCAGAAGUCGA